AUUGUUCCAUUUCAUCAAAAUGACCAACAAUGUUGAGCGAUUAAAGUGCUGAUUUAUAAACACCUUUUUCUAAUUCAAUUUUAUAUAUCUUUGUUUUAAUAUUAUAGUCUGUUCACCUUAGAUACGUACUAUUUAAGUCCAAGUUCAGUUCUCCAGGUACGUGCAGGUAGAAAUUUAAAACUUGAAUGGCCAUAGUUUUUCAACAUAAAUAUCAAAUAUCAGUACCAUUUCACGCAUUUUGUAUCCCCAACAAGUUCAAAUAUGGAAUCCGACAAGGAAAAUGCAGAAUCCACCUCCAAAGAAGUCAUGAAUAUAUAUAGAGACAUGGAAGAUUAUGAUCUAGGACAUGAAAUAGAAAAGCUGAAGGAAGAAAACAAUAUGUUAGGGAACCAUAUAGUCUGCUUAGAAGGGGAUGUAGAAAAACUGACUACAGCUUUACUGAGGCUGAAAUCACUUCAGGAGAACUUGACUAGAAACAUUUCUUCAUUGUUUAUGACUGCAAAGAAAGAAAUUGAACGCAAAGAUCGGAUUAUUGCAGACCUACGCAGUCAACUGGAUGAUAUAACUUUCAGAAGGAUGGGGAUGAGGUAUCAGAAGAGAAAACCAGAGGAAACUCUUGAAGGAAACAACAAGAAACCUAAAUAUCAGGAAAAUGUUAACCAAGUUGAACAACCAAAACAAAACCAUCCAGAAAGGGAUACCUUGAGGAAUACCAAGAAAUCCAUUAGACAGAGAAUAACUGAUCCUGCUUUGAAUAAGGAGAAAUAUGAAGAAACUAGUAAUAGAAAACACUUGGUUGAAAAAAAAUUAACAAUUAGUGAUGAAAGAAUUAGAAAUAACAGGACUCCAGAAGUGUAUGAUGAUGAAUUUGAAUAUGAAGACCCUGACUAUUACCACAACAAUAGAAUAAAUAAUAGAAAUCACAGGAAAAAAUACAUAGAGGAUGAUAGUAGAAGUAACUACAGUAGAAGAGAAGAAUUUGACAAUAGGGAUAUUGGGAGAAGGCAUAACAAUUCUAACAAUCAUAGGUACCAGAGGCCAGAUUAUGGAAACAGAAGGGAUCAGAGAUAUGAAAAGCCCAUAAGGGAAACACAUUCUGAAAAUGACGCUACCGACAUCCAAAAUGGCGAUACUAGUGAUAAUACCGAAUAUUCAGAGUCAGACAGAAAAGCGAAUUCUGAAGAAAUUACGGUGAAACCAGUCAGGAAAAAAAUUCAAGUCAUCAGCGAAUCUGAUGAAGAAAGAAAAAUCCGAAAACAAGGAGGAAAGCUUACAGGAAAUAGUUCACCUGGAGAUAUCCCAGGAAGCAGUACCAGACACCUUAACAGACAAAUAACAGAAAAAAUAGAAGAUAUUUUCACAGAUGGAAUCAAUAAAAUUAUGGACAGUGUUCUUCAAGAUGUUAAUAAACUCCUCCCUACAAUGAAAAUACCACCAGAACAGUAUUUCACAAAAGAGAAUUUUGAAAACAUCAGGGACUUCAGGGAAAACAAACUUCAAAGGACAUUGAAUGAUGAAAAAUUCACAAAAAGGAAGAGAAGCAGUGGACAUCAAGAAGAUAGCAAGAAGACCAAAGAAAUGGCGGAUCAGGACUUUUCACUGAGUACAAAGAAUGAGAAUUCCACAGAAUGUUUAAAUAUCAAUAACUUUGACUAUUCUUCAGGAGAAAGUGGAACAGUAAGAGAAAAUAUAAUGAAACAUUCUGACAUGGACUCUGUUUUAAGACAAACUCUAAUCAACUCCCAAUCAGGACAUGAAAAUAAAGAUAUUCUCAAAGAUAAACAAGAAGCACUGGAUCCCAAACAUUCAGAUGAAUGUGUGAUGGAAACUAAUGCUCUCAUUGAAGCUAAUAUAGAGGAUGAUAAAGACAAACGAAGAUUCAGCAUUCAAACAGCCAGAGCACAUCAAAAAAUUUCGAAUGCAAUGGAAAAUGGAAGAAAACAAAGCACAGAUAGAAAAUCUGUUGAAAAUUCUAUUGCUGACCAGAAAACAAAGCAAUCAGAAAAUUCUAAUCAUACACCUCGAAUGAAUCCUUCUUAUAAAAUACCUAGAAAAGACCCCAGCCAACUCACAAAAAACGACUGCAAUUCCCUCUUCAACCAAUACAACCCACUAGGAAACUACAGUGCACAUGAUGAAUCUGAAAGAACAAGCAAAAAAAGUGAAGAAAGUAGAUCUCAGCAAGAGCAACCCAAGGAUGAACCAAGAAGUAAAAGAAGCAGAUCAGAAGGAAGAUUCAAAAACAGAGAUGACAGUCCUAGGCACCAUGAAAAAGGCCGAUACAACUCAGGAUAUAACCCUUCACACCAAGAACCUGGACAUGGAAGAAGUAGAUCAAGAGUGGAAACUGAGAAUCGUCUACAUAGAUCUAGAUCAAAUGUGAGAUAUGAAGCUUCAAGACACAGAUCCAGAUCCAUAGAAGAAGAAAACAGAAGGAAGUAUAAGUGGAGUAAAACAGACACGGCAGACACACACCCAUCAAGAUCUACAAGUAGAGGUGAACAAGUUAGCAGAAGUAGAUCAACUGCUAGAUCUGAAAGCAGCAGAUGCAGAUCUAGAUCAAUAACUGAGCUAGAUGAAACAAAGAGAAACAGAUCCAAGUCAAUCAGUGAGAUAGAUGAAAUGAACAGGAUUCAUGAAACCAAGAGAAACAAAUCAAAGUCAAUUAAUAAAGUGGAUGAAAAAGAUGUAGGUCGGCAAGGCAAUCAAGUAAGAAAAAAUGUUGAGACCAAAGAAGCUGCCAGAUGUCGAUCUGGAAAUCCCCAGCCAUCUGGGAAACACACAGGAGUUGGACAAACGAAAAAUUUCGAGGUCAAGGAAAGUAGCAGAUGUAGAUCUGUGACUCCUAUGCCUUCUGGAGAUGACAUGGGAAUGGAUUUUGAAGAAUCUUGGCAAACAACAGACAGAAACAAUAUCAGCAAGAGUCAAGAAAGAAUGGCUAGAUUAUUUAAUUCUCCAGAUAAUUCCAAGGUUUCACCAAAUAAUCAUCCCAGAAAAGUAAUUGGGUAUCAGCAGUAUACAAGUAAAAGAUUGUUGGAUCAAAAAGAUACAUAUAAUAAAGAAAUCAUGGAUCAUAUAUCAGCGUCAAGCUAUUCUACUCCAGAAUAUGAGAUAGUAGAAGAGCUAGAUUCAAAUGAUUCUGACAAUUACUCUGCUACAAGUAAGGACAGACAGUCCAAACAAUACAAAAAGUCUUCUAGAUCAGGAUCAAACAUUUCUACUCCAGAAUAUGAAAAACUGAAUAAUGCAAAUUUCAUUGCUGCAAAUGCAACAGGUGAUGAUCAAAAGAAUCAACAAGACAAUACCAACCAAGUUAGUGGGCCAAAGCAACAAUGUCAAGAAUCUUCAGAAGAAGCAAAAAAUGCAUUUUCAGAAGUGCAGAAGUGGAGUAAACCAGCAUUAAUACUUCUAGAUAACGACCCUCGGAGAGAACUAAUCCAGUCUGAUCCAGACAAAACAAAUUCCAUUUAUCAAAAUUUGAUUAGGCAAAGUAGCACAGCUGGAGAGAAUGUUCAGUCAAACCUCACAGUCAAUGAGAAGGAUCUUGCUCCACCUCCAUCCAGUAAUAUACUUGAAGACAAAAAACAAGAGAAGGAGCCAGGAGAAGAUAAACUGAAUCAUGAAAUACGGAAGAUACAUGAAACGUCAAUUGAUCUCAAAGAAAAAUAUCAGAAAAAUGCAGUUGAUCAUCAUUCUGAUGUGUCAGAAAAACAGGAUAGAACAGUGGAAGAGGUGACAUCUCCACAGCCAAUGGACACAUCAAAAAAUAUACAGCCAACAAGAAAUAUUGGACUUGUCUUUGAAGAUAUUCCCAGCACUACCAACCAACUGGAUGGAGCAUCUCAAAAGGCCAUCAAAGAAGAAGGCAACAUAGUUGGAACCACUCAACCAAAAGGGGCUAGUUCCAGUCAACAAAGGCCUAUACCUCGAGAGGAGGUACCUAGUGAAGAAAUCACUAAAAGAAUAUGCCUUCCUAAACCAGAAGAACUCAAAACUAAUGGUGGAGAAGAAAAGGAAAGGAAACCGGAAAAAAGAACGAAUGAUGCAUCAAAAAAGACCUUAUCAGAUAAGCAAAAUAAUGGGAAGAAACUGAACUCUGAAAGUAAACCUGGGCCGCAAAUUGAAAAUAUUUUUUCUGAAAAACUUGAUGAAGAAGCCAAAGACAGGUGCCUACCCAUUCUCACACAAUUGAUGGAACCUGAGGAACUAGCCAAAACGGCUAGUGAAGACAUUACCACCAAGUCAAAAACACUAGUUGAAAAUGAAACAUCAUUAACUGGAGAAGAAAAGAAAAGCAGUAAUCCUGGGACCCAAAAUGGAGGCGAGGAUUCUGAAGAAUUUGAUAAAUCAAAAGGCAUAAGUCUACCCCUUCCCACACAACUGACUGAACCAGAAAAUCUGACGACAACAACAAGUAAAGCCACCACCACCAUGCAAAAAAUGGCAGAUGAGAAAGUAAAAAAGACUAAAAAUGGUAUAAUAAGUGAAGAGAAAGAGAAAAGAAAUUUCGAAAAAUUAUCUAAUACAACCAAAGAAGAUUCUUCAGAAAAAUCAAAUAGAUUGAUUAGUGGAAAAUCAAAUACGGUGAUCAAUUCUGAAACCCAAAAUGCACAUAAGAAUUCUGAACAGGUGACAGUAGAACCAACAGGAAGAAGUCUACCUGAACUCACCCAAAUGAUGCAACCUGAAAAGCUAACCAAAACUGUACAAGGAGCUAGCACUAUCAUGCCCAAACCUGCAGAUAAAAGGAAAAAGAAGGUAGAAACAGAAACUGGAAGGGAAUUGAAAAAAACUAAUACAUCCAAAAGAAACUCACCAAAAGCCCCAAAUAGAAUUGUUAGUAGCAAAUCAAAGAAAGAGAGUAAACCUAGAACAGAAAACGAAAAUAAGGACUUGAAAGAACUCAAUCUAGGAUCAAAGUACAAGAGUCUACCUCUUCUCACAGAAUUAGUGCAAGCUGAAAAGCUAACAAUAAAAGCAAGUGAAACCAUCACCAAUAUGUCGAAAACUGUAGAUAAAAAGAAAGAAGGACAAGGAAUGAAAUUGGAAAAAGUAAUAAACACUAUAUCCAAUAGAAAAUCAUCUGAAGAUGUAAACAGAACAGCUGAUGGAACAUCAAAUACUGUAGGUAACUUGAACCUGGAAAUGAAACUCAACGAUUGUAAGGAGGCCAUUGCUACUAUGCCAGAUUGUCGAGAUAAUGAAACUAAAGCAGCUAAAGAGAUGAAUUUAUCCCACAGAAAUGUUCCAGAGAAGAGAAUAAAUGAUGAAACAUCCAGGAAGACAGCAAUAAUUGAAUCUGUAAAGAAUCUAACGGAGGAAUCUUUUUCUCAAACAAUAACGAUACAAAGCACUCCAAAUAAAAAAGAUGUUCCGAUUCGUAAGCGCAUCACCCCUAUCCCUGUAAAGGACACCCCUAUUUGUUCUUUUGAGAACAUCUUGGAGAAAAACAAGUCUCCCUUCUCCGUCCACGGAUCACCCCUGACCCUCACCCACGAAGGAGAAAUACCGGUUUUGCACUUGGAAGAAAACCAUUUCAACAAUUUGAGAGGGGACGGCCAAAAAAACAUUGACAGGAACAUCAUGAGUCUACUCGACCAGAUGAACAUAUCGAACAUGGAUUGUGACAUUACCAAAUUUGAAUCCAGUCAGGAAAGGACGGUAAAUCCAAGUAAAAUGGCUGUCAGCUUUGAAAAUGCGAUAAACACUGCUCCAGUUCAGAAAGCGUCUGAAGAUGGUCCUGGCAAAGAUGCAGGUGACUGUACAGCACAGGAUAAACAUGAAAUCAAGAUGGAUGCGCCAGUCGCGCCAUCUAGCUGCCAAAAUACUUCGUUCGUUAGACGAAGAAGGAGAUGUAGAUUAGUUGUUAUAGACUGAACAUUUGUAAAAUUUUGUAAAUAGGAUAUGUAUUUAUUUUAUCAGAAACAGAUAAUAUAAUUUUUGUUUGUUUUUCAUAUAUAAUUUUAUAUUGAUUGUCAAUGAUUGUACAUGGACUUGUAAAUAACAGUUAAAUUUUAUUGAAUAAAAUGAUUCUUUAAAUCAUCAA